AUGAGUACCUCGCGUCGUCGGAAUGGCAAACAGGCCUCCUGCGAGCCAUGUCGCAGAGACAAAGUCCGCUGCGACCAUGCAUUACCUGUAUGUACUCGCUGUAGAGAUCGUGGGAUCUCCACGCGAUGUUACUAUCACCCUGCUCCCCUGACGAGGACCAAGGGUCGUCGUAUCUUCCCAUUGGCAGAGGGAGUUCCAUUUGAUCGACCUCCAUCAGCAAGGAACCCUCAUUCAAGCGAGACAUCACUCGACCCCGACGUGUCUAAUCCGGGACAAGAGAGCUCUUCUGGGCGCAUAACCCGUACCCAACCACUGCUUUCUGGGUACUUCGGCCCCACGAGCUUCGUAUCCCCCCUAACCGAGGAUGUCGACUUGGGCUCGGAAGGCCAAAGUCUGGGCCUGGAGAUCGAAUCUGCCCAGAGAGUCCUGCCACCAUACUGGGUCCACAAGAUCUCCGAAGUUCUAUUGACGCUCAACGAUUUUGCCACAGUUGAGGCCCUAAUCCGCGAUUAUUAUACACACAGCCAAAGCGCGAUUAUCGCCGCACCAUUCGUACUCAACAGCCUUGGUCCGGUCAAGUCCAUGUGCAAAGAGAACAUAUCAGACCGUAAUCUUGCGGAUUUCACAUCUUCACUGACAGUGAGCAUAAUACAAAACACGUCUGAGGUUUUCGAGGUUCCAUCUGCGACACAAGGGCGAGACUUCCAUACGUUAUUUACGGGGCCAGCAAUUCGCCUUGAGAUUAUUGGGCUUCUCUGCGCUCUUGCUGGUCGGGCAAGAUAUCUAGGGCUCGCUAAUGACAGGAUUGAUGAGGACCGAACCUCGCGGUCUCAAUAUGCGCAUAAGAUGCUUGCAGCCAGCGAUGCCGCACUACACAUUUGCAAAAUCCUUACACCACUCAAUGACCUGACAAUAUGGCUGGUACAUGAGAAUCUUCUGUUGUCGGAUAUAGUACAUGGCGACUCAAGCCCCGCCUGUUGGAAGCGACUAGGCGAGCUUUCCACCGACAUCUUCGCGCUUGGUCUCCACCGUGACUCCAAAACUUCGAGCGAUAUACCCGAGUUUCUCUUGGAGUCACGUAGACGGCAAUUCGCUGCAGCGUAUCAGCUCGAUAAGAGCAUCGCCACAUUCUUAGGUCGACCGCCAAGAAUACCAUGGCGAUACGCCGAUUGUCGCAUGCCUCUUGAUAUAAGCGAUGAGGCACUCGCUACCGAUAACAUGGUCCUAAAUUACUCUCACGACUAUAUUGAUGAGAAUGGCUGGAGUCGUCACGGAGUAGUCCAGCGGUCAUCAUGGAUACGAGUGCGAUUUAUCAUCAGUACAUUUCGGGAUGAGAUUCUCGAGGUCUCUUUGCAGAACGUGACACCCGAGAUGGAAAAUAUGCUCAAGAAUAUCUCGCAGCGAUGUCAUCUAGCAUGGGACUCUCUCCCCAAUUGGCUACGUUACAGCCCACAAUGUUGGGAACAAAAUUUACACAUAGCAGUGUGCCUCAUGAUGAUCAUUUCAUAUCUGGCAUACCUGUACAACGACUUCCUCAUCCAGCGACUCAUCGCCGGGAAGAAUAACCCGCGCGGAAACACAGCACUGCUUUCCGUGAGUGCUGACAUAUUAUCAACGGUCCUGACAUUAGGCAUGCAACGCGAACAAAUGGUCGAUCUCCGGCCAGAUUUUGCGUGGACGGUCCUACUCUACGGCUUCCCCAGCGCCAGUCUACUCAUCAAAGCCCUGCAGCACCAAAAACGCACAGGCGAGCCAUUCCUCUACGAAGGGUCGAGAUCGGCACUUAUCCGCAAUUUAAGUGUCUUCAUUUCGCAUCUCGAAUCUAUCGUUCGGCCAGAUAAUGCCAACUACGCUCUCUUUCAACGGGCCAGUCAGCUGUUCUCCAGGAUUAUUGAUGAGAUUCUGGAGCCGCAGUCAAUUCUUCCGGACUCGAAUCUUGGGGAUACUUCUGCUUUUGAAUUUGAUCCGAUGAUUGAGGUUGAUGGCCUGGAUUUGUUUAAUAACAUGGAUUUUGGAGUUGCAUUUAAUCAGUGGUUGUUUUAA